AUGGAAAAUAUUCAUAACAAUUUGAAACUCUAUCGACAUCCUAAAUUCACUCAGGAAGAUGAAAAAUCAAAGAAUAUCGAUACGAGUAUAAAUAUUAAUAAUGAUUUUUACAAACGCAUAUGGGAGAUAAUUAACAGUUCACGUCCAAGUUUUAAAAUCGUGGUACCGUCUACGAGAACAUUGAGAGAAACGCAAAAAGAUAUUUUCAAGGAUGAACAAGUAGCAUUGUCCAGUUCGGAAAUCGAGGAUUUAAAUCUUCCUUAUAACGAGACUGGGUCUUUGAACGAGAAAAAGAAGUCAUUUACCGGUGUACCUUUCGACGAGAGAAGACCUUCAGAGGAAGAGGAGGAUGAGUUUGAUAAGUAUGUUAAAGUAAUUGAUACGAAACACGUCGGCAAUCGUUCAACAUUUGAUCCAUCGUUCAAAUCGAAGAAUGAAAUGCUUCAUAACCAUCACAAAGUUAUCUCUAAUAUUGACGAUGAAUCAUCAUCGUAUGUUGAUUCUAAUCGAAAUGGAUAUUCUUCAAACGAGAAUAUAAUAUCGUUUGAUAUCUCGAAAGAACCUAAAAAUGAGAGCAAAAAGGAGAUCGUUAAUUAUUCUCCUUCCGUGCCAAUAGAAAAAUUUGUGGAAAAUAACAAAUCUACUAUCGAUUACAAUCUAUACAAUAUCCCUUAUGUCGAGGUACCCGAUUAUACGGACGAAAGGGAAGAAAGUUUAGACGAGGAGGAUCGUCUACGUGCUAAAUCACAAAAUUCAAAUUCUAAGAAUUUAUCGAUUGACUCUAUUGACCGAGCGAUGAUAAUAAUAAAUACUACGUCCGAUCAGGCGUAUUUAGUAGGGAAAAAAAAUAAAACGAUUGACAAACAUGAUAAUCAAUCGCCACGAUCAAUGACUACGAAGAACGUUAAAUCAUUCGAAAUUUCUGAUCCUUCGAAGAACGAUAUGAUUAAUCGUGAAAAAACGAAAAUGAAUGAGAAUAAUGUUCAAAGUUCGAAGUCCGAAGUUAAAAAUAAGUCGAAUGAUGACUUCGCCCUGUCCGAUAUCGAUUUUGAUAUAAACGAAUAUAGAAAGCCAUUCAAUUUGGAUGACUUUUUAAAAAACGAACCAUUUUUUCAUGAACUCAAAAAUAACAAUAACAAUAAACGAAAUAGUAAGGGACCAUCGUCGGAUGAUAAUAAAAAUAAUUAUUCCUUUAUGUCGAAAAAUGCAAACAACGAGGAUCCUCCCGAGGAAUAUAUUGGAAUAAACGACGACAUGUUAAACGAAGAAAAAGAUUUUCUCGAUCGUUAUUUUACCAAGGACGUUGUCGACAAAUUAAAAGCGAAUUCGGACGAGGAAAUUCGCAUGGAAAACAAAAGGAAAGAUAUGGAAGAAAAUAAAAAGAGGAACUUAAAAACGUUGUCAUCCAUUCUUGAGAAAAAGGAUCGAAUUUCAAGAUUCGACGAGGAAGUGAAUAAGGAUAUCGAGGACGGUGUAAAAAAAGCUCCCUCCUUUUAUAAGAAUUAUUGGUCUCUGGAGUACAAGUUGCCUGGUACGAAGGAUAUAAAAAGAGACGAAGAAAAUAUGAAUUAGAAAGAUUUGUGAAAAGGUAUACGCGCCGAUCAAUUUAUACUCCUAUUAUCU